AUGGAACCUUUGACCUCGAGUGCACGGAUAAAUUAUGUUAACUACUUGAGUUACAUGCUACUUGCUCCACUAUAUUUUGAUUCCGAAGGUUUAGUAGAGGCUCAGAGCCCACAUGCACCCUCCAACCCAGAAAGCCCUAACCCACUUUCAAAGCCCACAUUAGGACCCAAGAAGAGUUUAGAAAGAAAUAAAAGCAAAAGUGAAACAUGUGAUGAUAAAAGAGGCAUAACACAGACGCUCAAGAUUGCAGCUGCAAACACACAGAGACAGGGCACAAAGAACAGAGACUUCACAGAAAAAGAGAGAGAGACAGACCAAAAAACAAUGGCUUCCAUGGCUUACCCAACAAGCUCCUCCUAUAACUACAAGAAUUACAAAGCUUACAGAAGUUUCACCACUCCCCAUAUCCUAGUUUCUCAGCAGCAGCAGCAAAUGACCAAAAACCAUGGUAAAAAGCCAGAUUAUCUUGGGGUGCAGAAAAAUCCACAGGCUUUGGCACUUUGUCCACUACUAAGAAUUGCAUAUCAACCUCUGAGAAUGUCUCUGACCUUACCCAUUAUGCCCCACCUUGGAACUACAACGGGGGUAGGAAGAAGCCCAGUCAACAGAGAAGUGGCUAUGGAGGAACUUCUCCAAGUGAUUAAGUCAACAAAGCCGGACAAGUUCACACCGCGGAUUAUGGAGAGCAAAAAUGAUUAUGUGCGAGUGGAAUACCAAGGUCCCAUACUAGGGUUUGUGGAUGAUGUUGAGUUUUGGUUCCCACCGGGCAAAGACUCAAUAGUGGAGUAUCGAUCUGCAUCCCGGAUAGGGAGCUUUGAUUUUGACUAUAACAGAAAGAGAAUCAAGGCGUUGCGGCAAGAGUUAGAGAAGAAAGGUUGGGCUUCUAAGGACAGCUUUUGA